UCUCUCUCUCUCUCUCUCUCUCUCUCUCUCUCUCUCUCUCUCUCUCUCUCUCUCUCUCUCUCAUCUCUGUGAAUUUGAAUCGAGCUUUUGAACAAUGUCGAGGAUGAGAUCGAAUCUGAAACCAUCGCUUCCGAAAUCGCCCAUUCGUCUCCGAUCUCGUCAGGUUCACCAAUCGAAUUCGUCUUCUCUCCAGACUCCGCCAGGUUCGUUGACAAAAUCGCAGAAGGCAACGAGAUUGUGGGACGCGGAUUGUCAGGAGCCGAAGCUGAGGCCUGACUUUAACUCGAUCUCGUGCGAGCUACGCACGUUGGCGAAGAUGGUGAAGAGCGAGAUCGGGGACGAGUGCGAAACUAGAGCAGCGGCGACUCCGAUAUUGAGCGGUUCGGUGCCUGUAUUCGAGAGGGGGAGGUUGUACGAGGAAUAUUCAGCCAGGAGGAACGAGCGGUUGAAGAGGAAGAAAGCGAUGGAGGAGACGAGAGGGACAUCGUACAAUCUAGGAGUAACGCACGAGCCAACGGCAACUAAGAGAAGAGGAACGGCUAAGAAACAGCAGCUUGAGAGCCUGAAGAAGUCGGUGUCGGCUGCGUAUGAAGAGACGGCGCCGAGGUAUAUGCUGAGGAGCAUGGCUAAGGAGAACAAGAAACCGCCAUUGCCGAUUGUAAGUGCGAUUACAACUAGAAGGGGUCGGAGGAUCUAAGAGAGAAACCUAAGGAUGCGAGAAAAGGCAAUUGCUGUGUUGCUUUAAGAGACCAUGGUUUUGAUUUUCACAGCAUAAUGUUGAUUUUGGUGGAUUUGGUUAGGCCUUUGCUUCAUGAUCCAUGAAAGCUUUCUUCUUUUUUGUUUUUUCACUGGAUAUCAUGCCAUACAAUGCGAAUAGCUAAAUACUUCUUUCUA